GGGCCUGUUCAAGUCUCUCUGAAACCAUUAAGAUGAGUAACUCCUCACAAUGCAGCUGCCUUCACUGCUGGUUCUAUUUCACAAUCUAGAAGCAGGAACUGUCUAGAAUUAGAAUCAGGCAACUGUCUCACAGCCAUUUCAGCCAUCCUAAGCCCUUCCUCUUAUGUCACAGGAGGCAGGGCUUCACUCCUCUCACAGAGCAGAGAGUCUGGGUUCUCCAGCCCACAUGUGGACAGAGCUGCCUGCUCAGGCCUCCAGGAUGACCAUCCCUGCCUCCUGGGCCCACCCUCCUCCUUGCCUGCUGCUGACUCUACUGCUGGGACUCACAGGAGUGGCAGGUGAGAAGGAGCUGCAGGUGAUUCAGCCUGAGAGGUCGGUGUCCGUUGAAGCCGGAGAGACGGCCACUCUGAACUGCACCGCGACCUCCGUGUCCCCCUUGGGGCCCUUCCGGUGGUUCAGGGGGAAAGGGUCAGGCCGGGAGUUAAUCUACAGUUUCCCACGAAGUGAGGCAAUUAACUUCCCUCGAGUAACAAAUGCUGCAGACUCCAGAAAGAGGAACAACACUGACUAUUCCAUCCACAUCAGUAACAUCAGCCCAGCAGACACCGGUACCUACUACUGUGUGAAGUUCCGGGACCAAGACCCUGUCUAUAAGGAGUUUAAGUCUGGAGCAGGCACUCGGCUCACUGUGAGUGGCCCAGCUAUGUCUACUGAAUUCCUCACUGCUUUCCUCCUAGGCUCAAAGGUGCUGCUGGCAGCUGGUGUCUCUGCCAUCUAUGUCCACAGGAAGCUGAGGGCCUGACUGAGAUAACAGCAGGCUUCCUCACAGAGCCCCAGAGACCACAAGACGAAGCUAGAUCACCACUCCCAGAGGAUUACCCUGGUACAGAAGACAACUAACCUUGAUGGGGGCCUGAACCACAAUUUUCCCAUAGCCGGAAACCAUGUGCAGACCCGGUUCUUGUGGACAAUAUUCAGAAGCGAGGAGCGCUCAUAACAGUGCACUUUGCCAGGCACUAGACCCCCCCAAUCCACCCUUGCCAACCUGCAAUUCCUUUACACUUUCUCUCACCUCCCCCAUUACUAGAUGACUUAGUUCCAAGAUUGUACAAUGAACACUCCAUAUUAGGAUUCAUAAAUAUGGAUACUGUCUUUUUACCAUUGUUCUUUGAAUUGUCUCUAAGUCUUUAUUUGGGGACACUGAUGUGAGCCUUGUGUCCAGUCUCCUCAAUUGGAAGCUGCGUGAAUA